AUGAGCGACGGGGGCGGCGACGAGACGGCCGGAAGCUGCCGUCUUUCGCCGGCGGAGGCGGCGCCGCUGGACUCCGAAGCUAUCCUCGGCGAGAUCCUACUCCGACUUCCACCGCAGCCCUCCUCGCUCCCCCGCGUCUCCGCCGUCUCCAAGCUCUGGGGAAGCCUCGUCACCUCCGCCGCCUUCCACCGCCGCUUCCGCGCCCACCACCGGGAGCCCCCCAUCCUCGGCGUCUACGGGGAGACCUCCGGAGACAUCGUAUUCACCUCCGUUCUCGGCCCUCCCGACCGCAUCCCCGCCGAGCGCUUCGCCCUGCCGGUCAGCGCCGACGACUUCUUCGAUAGCUGGAACCUGCUCGGGUGCCGCCACGGACGCGUCCUCGCCUUCAACCGGGUACGGCUUGAGCUCCGAGUUUUUCACCCUGUCUCCGGCGACCUCCGCGUCGUGGCCCUUCCGCGGGAGUUCAAUGUGGCUGGGUACGGCCAUGGGUUCAGCACCAGUGGAGCGGUGCUCUGCGUCGCCGGCGACGACAACCCGGGCCACGUGCACGGGGGCUGCCACUCGAGCCCCUUUAAGGUGGUCUUGGUAGGCACAUUCCACGGAAACCAGCGGCCAGCCAUUGCCCGCGUCUACUCCUCUGAGACCGGCUUGUGGGGAGAUCUCGUGUCGACUCGGGGACCAUGUGGCGGUUUCUUCGGCGGUCACCCUGGCACCCUCAUCAGAAAUGCCAUUUACUGGUGGCUACAUGGCUUCGAUAUUGACAUACUCGAGUUCAAUUUGGUUAGCAAGAAGUUAGCUGUGAUCAAGAGGCUUCCCAUCGCGGGCGCCGAGAUUCGCAGGGCUAACAUGAGGAUCAUCCGGGCAGAGGACGGCGAUGUUGGCAUCAUCAUAUCCAUGUACCCAAGCUUCCAUUUGUGGGACCACAAGGUCAGUUGUCAUGGUGUUGGCAAGUGGGUUCUGCGCAAGACUGUUAACCUGCAAAAUAUCAUUGGUCUACCGCCUUCGACUAAUGCACCGAUCGUAGCUAUAGUGGCGUAUGCUGAGGAUACUGAUGAGAUCUUUUUACUGGUGCGCGGCGCUGGAGAUCCAUACAGGGGUUCCUUGAUCAUGGUUCAACUUGAGUCGAUGAGGGUCAGGGAAUAUCGUGGAAGCUUUUUGGAGGAUUCCUAUCAUCCUUUCACAGACUUCUUUACUGCAGGUACUGUUGGAACUCGAAGUAUUCCAGUCACUGAGCCAAACCAGCCUUUGAGUCACUGAAGCAGCGUGCUCUAACCGUAUACCAUAUCGUCAUACAUCUAUGUGAUCCUCUAGUUUCCCGUGAUAUGUAUAUAUCUUAUAACCUGGUCGAUUCAAUUAUAUGCUUUACUCAUAUGAAGGAGGUAUCCUGGGGUUACUGUGAUAGAGUGUUCUGUCAUUUUGUCCAAUGUCCCUUUAUUAUACUAGUUCCAUGUAACAUUUUAUGACUGGUCUCA